UCCAUUUAAAAGUUAUUCGGUAAUGGACUUCUGAUAGUACAUACCAUUAAAUAUAUUCCAUACCUUUGAGGAUUAUUUAUAUGUAGUGUUUCAUGGAAUACCUUUAACUGAUUGAUUAAAUUCCAUUGCAACAUGUUGGAAUGUUUACAAACUUUAGACUUAUCUUUAAUUCUAAUAUUUGCACUUGUAUUUUUGGUUACGUUGUUCUGUGUAUUAAGGAAAAAUUCUAAACUGCCGGGACCAACACCAUGGCCACUCUUCGGGAAUCUUUUUACCAAGGAUGGAUUUUUAAUAAAUAUUCCAAUAGAUAAUCUAGCUUUGUUUAAAAAAUAUGGACCUGUAUUUACACGAUUUCUUGGUCCGCAUCAGAUAGUUUAUGUAUCUGGAUAUAAAACAAUAGUUCAGCUACUAAAGAAGCAAGGGAAUGACUUUGUUGACAGGCCCAACUGGAUACCUGUACUACAGAAAAACAAUAGAAGCAAAGGACUUGUAUGGUCUAAUGGAGACAAUUGGAAGACAUUGAGGCGUUUAACUCUCCAUGCACUCCGUGAUUUUGGAGUUGGGAAAACAUCGGUUGAAGAAAAAAUUCUGGAAGAGGUCAAAUGUUUAAUAAAGGAGUUUGAGAAAACAAAUGGCGAGCCAGUUAGAAACAUUAAACGUAUGAUGCUUCAAGUCAGUUGUAAUGUUAUCCACAAUAUUGUCUUUGGACACAGAUAUUCACAUGAUGAUCUGAAGUUGAACAAGCUGAUUGAUGCCUUUGAAGACGUAUUUACGGGACCUCCCCUUGUCUCUCCACAAGGGGUGUUUCCGAUUCUGUUAAUUGUAACAAAUUUAUUAAAGAAAAGCAGUAAGAUGACAAAAAGAAUUAAAGCAGGCGGGUACAUACAAGAAUAUGUGACAUCACAGAUAGAUGCACAUAAAACCAAUUUCGACGAAAACUUUAUUCGAGAUUUUGUAGAUGUUUAUAUACAAAACGAAAGAGAACAAUGCCAACAAAUAGACUAUGGAAAGAAACAGUUAUUAAGUCUGAUAGUAGACUUGUUUGGUGCCGGGACAGACACUACAGCGACAACACUCCAUUGGGCCUUACUUUACAUGAUUCAAUACCCAGAUGUUCAACUAAAAUGUCAGAUAGAAAUCUCGAAGGUUAUUGGUAACAAUCGAACAAUUAAAUCAAACGAUAAACGAUCCUUGCCGUAUGUUCAGGCUACAUUACUGGAAAUACAAAGAUUAGCUAAUACUGCUCCUGGAACACUUCCAAGAAUGGCUGUUCAAGACACAACUAUCAAUGGGUACAGAGUUCCAAAAGGGGCAAUAGUUAUGAUAAAUUUAGAAUCUGUUCAUCACGAUGACACAGUCUGGGUGAACGCGAAAGAAUUUAAUCCUGAUCGCUUCUUGAAUGACGAUAAAGAACUCAUCAAUAAAGAAUACUUAAUGCCGUUUUCAAUUGGUAACCGGAAUUGUGUUGGAGAAGGAAUGGCAAGAACAGAAUUAUUUUUAGUAUUUGCUAACCUUCUACAGCGACUGACUUUUUCGAAAGCAAGCCCUGAGGAUAAACUCUGCUUUGAUGGUAUACGAGGCAUUACAAAUUCCGCUCCAGAAUAUAGUCUUCGGGCAUCUCCAACAUAAACAUCUUACCGAUGGCAUACGUUGUGCAGUUAUUAUUGUUUCUUUCUGUUAUCAUAUGUUAUUCACAAAGAUAUCCCUGGAGGAGAAAAUACGAACAUACAUUCAUCAAAUCUUUGGUUAAAAGACUAUUAAUAAAUGUUAUAAUUAUA